AUGUACCCCGACCUCCCUUCCUCCUUCACCCAUCCUCCCUUCACCUCAUACUGCUCCACUUACACCCCCAAUGAUCUCCAAUCUUCGCCUUUGGAGGCUGUUCCCUCGCCCUCUUAUAGUGUGUAUUCCGCCACCAGUUCGAGCAGUUCCGAGAACCCCAAGAUGGAAGACAAAGAUGGCAAGAUCCUGGGACUCACCGAGUCCGAAUUGGCCAGGCUCUCCGUCAGACAACUGAAUCAGAAAUUGCAGGUGAGUUGAUGUCAUGGAUAAGGUCGAUUCGAAUUUUUGAUUCAGAGUUUUGAGGAAAACUAGCAUGAUUACACUUACAGAUGACAAGAGGUUUAACUUGGCAGGAAUUCUAGUUGCUUUGCGGUUUUUCUUAAAUUUAAGACACGAUUUUUUCAAAGUCAUCAAAAAUUUAGGCGGUUAGAGCCAAAAGAUCUCGUUUUCUCCCGAUGUCUUGGAAAGUAAAUCCUAUAGUUACUGUGAUUAGAAGCAUCAAGUAGUUUGAUACACAAUGGAGUCUCCUUUUCGCAACAAGCCAGAAAAUUUGCAUAAAAUUCGUUGCGAUUCGAGGAUCUUCCGUAAUUUUGCGGUAUCUGUCGCAAUUUUUUUGAUAUCUCCGCUUUGAUUCAAAGUAAUGACCUGAAGUUUUUAAGGGACAGUUUACAGUACAUCUACAUUCUAAGUUCCAAAUUUCCAGUCGGUCUGACUAUUCCACUUUGCAAUAUCGACCAAUAAUUAUAUUACUUUAGGGUCUGGACCGUGAGACGGUGUCGAUGGUAAAACAGAAGCGCCGGACCCUGAAGAACCGCGGCUAUGCCUUGAAUUGCCGGGUCCGUCGGAUCCGAAAUCAGCUCCAGCUGGAGGCAGAUAACGUGCUGCUGAGAGAGAAGUGUCGCCAGUUGGAAUGGGCCGUUCAAGAGCUCCGCCAACGGCUUCAAUUCUACGAAAAUCGCGCCGAUUUCGGCGAAAACAAACAGCAGUGGGCGAUCAAUCAGUAA